AUGGACGAACUUCCAUGGGAACAGGUGAAAUCCGGAGAUCUCGAGAGCCUGCGGGUCGUGCUCUUCUCGAGCUCGACUUCGCGCAGAACUCGUGCUCUCAGUGAUCUCCGCGAGAAAAUCGGGUCUGAUAUACCGGAGAAUGCCCGCCAGCCUCUCCUAGAACUCCUUCUCAGUACAUUAUCGCGAUACAUUGACCGCCCCUCCCGUCAGGCCGUCCAACAAUGCCUCCGCUCGUUGCUCAAGGCACCCGUCCCGGCUGACGAUCUCAAAUUCCUGGUGCAGAAAUUACAAAUUGAGGCAACGAAAUCCAGUCUGGAUGCAGGCUCCGCGCUGGCUCUUCUGGAAUGGUGCUCUAUCCUGCUGCAGAUCUUGAAGAGUAACUCGGAAACCCCGCUCCCCGUCGUGUUGGAUGUCAUUGCGCUGAAUGCACGGGCACUGGAGACAUGUCUAGCCGUACCACCCAGAUCAGGAGUGAAAGUGUCUGCUCUUAGGGUAACCAGACGUGCCCUCCGUGCGGCAUUUUCCGACGCCUGGGGCGAGGAUGCCGUUCACCAAUCCGUCCAGCGCUUGACUAGUGAUGCGGCCGCCGGGCAGAAGAAUGCGCCGUUCAUUGGCGUCAUUUCUGGUGUUUGCGCGCGCCUGCCGAACAAGAAGUCUGUACUAGAAGGGGACAAGAAGACUAUAAUCACAUACUAUAUCAAGGAAUUGGUUUCUUCCAAGGCCGCGCCACCUCCACACAUUGCUAGCGGCAUGUCUGACUUUUUCGAAUCUUUUGUCACGUACGAGGAUAUAACGUCGGAGAUAGUGCCUCCGCUGGAGAAAGCAAUCCUGCGGUCUCCAGAGGUAGUCUUUAGCGGGCUGGUACCCUCGCUCUUUUCGUCGCUACCGGAGGACAUUGACUUGUCCGAGCUUUUACACGCCCGCCUUCUGAAACACCUGCUAGCGAGCAUGAAAUCGAACAACCCUGCUAUUAGGCAAGGUGCCUUGGAGUCGUUUGUAUCGAUUCUGUCCAAAUCCCAGACCGAGAGUCUGCUCCUGAAGAUCGUGGGUGAAGUGCUUGGUCCUCUCAAGACCAACAAGAUUCCAAGCCCCGAGCACCGAGCUACCUAUGCACAAGCUCUUUCUGCAGUUACCCCUACAGCCGACAUUUCGAAGGAAAUUGUGCAAGGGUUUGUCCCAGUCUUCGCCCGCGAAUCCAACGAACCGGCCCUCGAGCAAGAAAUCAAGGCCUUCUCCAAGCAUCUCUCGCACCUUAUCGUGUCAAAGGUUAAGAUUAGCGACGACGUAACCAACGCAAUUGUCAAGGGAGCUGCUGAAAAGAAGAUCCCUUUCCGGAGGCUGUGGCAACUCAACGUUGGAGAGGCUGUUUGGCAAGCCGAAUCCACCACUCUCGCAAGUCCCGAGGUGGAGCCCUUCGUCGCGAAGUUCCUUGCUAAACUGAAGGAAAUCUUCAAAGAAGUUUCCUCGAACCCUCUGCCAUCGGCCCAGAAUGGUGCCCUCUUCACUGCCUACGUCUACCUUGCGCUCUUCGGGAGACUGUCUUCCCUCGAGAAUUUCGAUAAGGCUGGCUGGGAGGAAACUGUUGGCCUGUCGCUCGCCCUUCAGCCGAAGCCGUCGUUCCUAUUGAACCCGAAAGCUUACUCUAAGCUGGCCUCUCAAGCGGAGGUUCAAUGGGCUGUCAGAACCCUUGCGGCUGUUUCCUCGACGUCAAAGUUCGGCCGCGUUGAGGCCCAAGCCAAGGUAGCAUGGGCCGAAGCUUUUAUUUACACGAUCACUGCUCCCGGGUUUCAAACCAGCUUCAGAGACGAAUCUGCUCGUGCAUUGUCCGCUGUGCACCAAAAGGACAUCAAGGGAGUCGGUCGCAUUGUUCUUGACGGCCUUUGGACUUGGAUUCUGGCCUUCAGAACUGGAGAAAAGGAGUCCGCGCCUAUAUCUGCAGGACCCGAAAGUCAAAGAUAUCUCCAUCUCGUUGUAAAGGCAAUUUGCCCGUCUGCUUCAGAGACAUCUGAUGAGAAUCGUGCUAGCUUGAAAGGACAACUAGUCGACAUGCUCGUCCUUUGCCGACCAGAACUAAUCCCGAACGUUUCGUAUAUUGACCUUUGCCUAAGAACUGGCACAGAUCCUGGAGAACUUGUUCGCGAAUUCCCUGGCGAGUGCAUGAAGCAAUUGAUCCAGGUCCAGGAGGAUCCCGUCCAGUCAAAGGUACCGCAAGUUGAUGCCGCCAUUUGGAGCGCAGCGGGGGACCUGGCUUUCGUGGCUCCCGAUGUCAUGAUUCCGCAGCUCGUCAACCAAAUCAAGGAUGACUUGGACGUCUCUCGCGUGUCUAGCAUUACUCCUACGGAUGCAGCAAUUGCCAGAACCCCGGAGGGUACCAUGUUUGUAGACAUCCUGAACACAAAGUCUCGGCAAACCUUUGACAAGAACACGAAAGACUACGACAUUCUGAAGUGGGAGGAAGAAAUGCGCGCACAGCUAGCUCAGAAAAAGGGCGAAAAGCCGAAGAAACUCACUGCAGACGAGCAAGCCAAGGUGAAGGCGCAGCUCGCAAAGGAGGCCAAGAUCCGCGAAGAUGUUCUGCGCGAGGUAAAGCGGAUCGAACGAGGCUGCGGAAUAAUCCAAGGUCUCGCUGCUGGUCCUGCUGUUGACGCAGACGACUGGAUCAAUCCUGCCCUCUCUUCACUGUUGGCUCUGUCAAAGGCCGGAGCAGGCUUGUUCACGGGCGACGUUGUCUCGAAAGCGUAUCUCAAAUGUUCCGAGAAGCUAUCAACUCGGCUUGGCCCUCUUCGACCAUUCGUGGGUGUUGCCACGCUUAGAGCUAUUGGAAAGGGCUCAUUGCCCACUGAGAUGGAAGUAGAGCCUCUUGGCAAACUUGUUACUAGAAUCCUUUAUCGCCUGCGUUUUGCAUCUGAACAGCGCCCCCUUGAUCAUUCUUCCUUGGCAUAUGCUCUACCCCUACUGUUCCUAAUCCUUACUCGCAACGGCAUUGAAGAGGAGAAGGGCGAGGAGGAGGGUGAGCAGGUUUUGUUGGCUCUCGAGAUCUUAUCCUUCCAUUCAGGCUCCUGUAAGUUUUCUACCCCUACUGGGAUCUCUGAUUCUGACUUGGUUUUAGUCACCGAUAACCGCCUUCCGCGAGUCGAGGUGCUUGAACAGCUGAUUACUGCAAUGCAGAAGUAUACUCAGCACUACAAGCUCAUCAAGGACACCCUGUUCGAUGUCUCUAGAAGUAUUGCACCAAACAUUAACAAUGAUGAGCUGGAUGUACUCCUCAAGGGAGCCAUCGUCUCCGACUCCUCCGUGCGGUCAUCAGUUUUGCAAGCUAUUGAAGCCGAAAUCGAUCUUACCGACCUUGACUUCUCCGAGCACAUCUGGCUCGAAUGCCAUGAUUAUGUGGAGGAGAAUGCCGAGGUUGCUGAGAACAUUUGGGAAGAAAAUGCUCUGGAGAUCGACGACAGCGCGUACGGAAAGAUCAUUCCCUACCUUGAUAGCCCGGACGCAAACCUCCGAGGAGCUGCCGCUCGCGCUUUGGCACACGCGAUUGAGUCCAACACGUCCGUAUUUGGGGACAUUGUUUCUCAGCUCCAGUCGAAAUACGAAGCCGAAGUGCGACCAAAGGAGCCGGAGAAAGACAAGUACGGAAUGCCAAAGAAGGUUGAUAUUGCUGACCAUUGGGAGUCUCGAAGCGGUAUUGCCUUGUCCUUUGCUGCUAUGAGCGAAUUAUUCGAAGGCGAACAGAUAGUCUCGUUCCUCCGCUUUUUGAUUGAGAGAGGACCUCUUAUCGAUCGAAGCAGCGUGGUACGAGCUCAGAUGGCCGAUAGCGGCAAGUCUGUUAUCGCCUUGCGCGGCCAGGAGAAGGUGGAGGAGCUGAUGAAGCUUUUGGAGACGACGUUGGAGACUUCGGACAAGGGAAGCGAGACAUCCGACCUUCUUAAUGAAGCAGUCGUCGUACUUUACGGAUCCCUGGCUCGGCAUCUCAAGGCGGACGACCCUCGUCUGCAAACAGUUAUCAAGCGACUUCUCGCCACUCUUCCUACGCCCUCUGAGAGUGUUCAGGCUGCCGUCUCCGAAUGUCUUCCACCUUUGAUAAGAUUAGCUGGACCCCAAAGCGGACAAUACGUUAAGGAAAUGCUUGAUCAACUCCUGCAGACGAAGAAAUAUGCCACUCAACGUGGUGCGGCAUAUGGAUUGGCCGGUAUUGUCAAGGGGAGGGGUGUCUUCACAUUGCGCGAGUACCGUGUCAUGUCCCACCUCCAGGAUGCGUCCGAGAACAAGAAAGAGCCACACCAGCGACUCGGAGCUUUGAUGGCGUACGAACUCUUUGCAACCAUCCUUGGCCGUACUUUUGAACCAUACGUAAUCCAGGUCGUUCCUCAACUCUUGGCCAGCUUCGGAGAUCCAAGCACCGAUGUUCGCGAUGCUUGUCUGUAUACCGCAAAGGCCUGUUUUGCGAACCUCAGCUCUUACGGUGUCAAGAAGAUCCUCCCUACUCUUCUUGACGGUCUCGAGGACACCCAGUGGCGUAGUCAGAAGGGUGCUUGCGAUCUUCUCGGAGCCAUGGCCUAUUUGGAUCCGCAGCAGCUUGCUGCAAGUCUGCCUGCCAUCAUUCCUCCGCUUACUGUGGUGUUGAACGAUACCCACAAGGAAGUGCGCAAUGCUGCGAACCGCAGUCUUCAACGGUUCGGAGAGGUCAUCAGCAACCCUGAAGUCAAGUCCCUGGUCAACGUCUUGCUGAAGGCUCUGAGUGAUCCUACCAAGUUUACCGACGAGGCUCUUGAUGCUCUUAUCAAGGUGUCCUUUGUCCACUACCUGGACGCUCCCUCCCUGGCAUUGGUUGUCCGCAUUCUUGAACGUGGUCUCGGUGAUAGGUCUGCAACCAAGCGCAAGUCGGCCCAGAUUAUUGGCAGUUUGGCUCAUCUUACUGAGCGCAAGGACCUUAUUACUCACUUGCCUAUCAUCGUUUCCGGCCUCAACCAGGCCAUUAUCGAUCCUGUGCCCACUACUCGCGCUACUGCGUCAAAGGCUCUUGGUUCCCUCAUCGAAAAGCUUGGAGAAGACGCCCUUCCGGACCUCAUUCCCAACCUCAUGGCCACCCUCAAGUCCGACACCGGAGCUGGCGAUCGUUUGGGAUCUGCUCAAGCUCUCUCAGAGGUUCUGGCGGGUCUGGGCACGACAAGACUUGAGGAAACCUUGCCAACUAUUCUGCAGAACGUCAGCAGCUCGAAGCCCACUAUUCGCGAAGGUUUCAUGACUCUCUUCAUCUUCUUGCCUGCUUGCUUCGGAAACAGCUUCGCCUCUUACCUCAGCAAAAUCAUUCCGCCUAUCUUGGCUGGUCUAGCGGACGAUGUUGAUUCCAUUCGUGAGACUUCGCUCCGUGCAGGUCGUCUAUUGGUCAAGAACUUCUCCUCCAAGGCUAUCGACCUCUUGCUUCCCGAGCUUGAGCGUGGUCUUGCCGACGAUAGUUACCGCAUCAGGUUGAGCUCCGUCGAGCUGGUUGGUGAUCUUCUCUUCAGUAUCACCGGUAUUACCGCCCGUGCCGAGGCGGACGAGGAGGAAGAGGAAGCCGCGCAAGCCGGACAGUCGUUGCUCGAGGUUCUUGGAGAGGAGAGGAGAAACAAGGUUCUUUCCUCGCUGUUCAUCUGUCGUUGCGAUACUUCUGGUCUCGUCAAGAGCGCGGCCAUGGGUGUCUGGAAAUCGCUUGUGGCAUCUCCUAAGACUCUCAAGGAGAUGGUGCCAACUCUCUCUCAAUUCAUUAUUCGCCGCCUUGGAUCUUCAAAUAUGGAACAGAAGGUUAUUGCUAGUAACGCACUUGGUGACCUCAUCAAGAAAGCUGGAGAAUCUGUUCUCGCAACUCUGCUGCCCACUCUCGAGGACGGUCUCCAAACUUCGCCGGAUGUGGAUGUCAAGCAGGGUAUUUGCAUUGCCCUCAGAGAAAUCAUUACCUCCUCGUCUCCCGAGUCCCUUGAGGACUUUGAGAAGAUUCUUAUUUCCACCGUCCGCGUGGCCUUGGUUGAUCAUGAUGAGGAUGUUCGUGAGGCUGCCGCUGAAGCAUUCGAUGCCCUGCAACAGAUCUUCGGCAAGAAGGCUGUGGACCAAGUUUUGCCCCAUCUCUUGCUCCUAUUGAGAAACGACGAGGAUGCAGAGCAAGCCUUGUCGGCGCUGUUGACGCUUCUCACCGAACAAACUCGCGCCAACAUUAUCCUGCCCAACCUCAUCCCUACCCUUCUCACCUCCCCUAUCUCGACGUUCAACGCCAGGGCUUUGGCCUCACUGGCAGAGGUUGCAAGCUCCGCAAUGGCCCGUCGCCUGCCCACUAUCCUGAACACAUUAAUGGACAAUAUCAUCUCCUGCAAGGACGAUGAGCAGCGUGAAGAGCUUGACAGUGCAUUCCACACCAUCUUGGUCUCCGUGGAUGAGUUUGACGGUCUCAACGUGAUGAUGAGCGUGAUGCUGGCGUUGAUGAAGCACGAUGAUGAGCACCGCCGUGCUAACGCGGCCAACCAUCUCAAGUCAUUCUUCUCUGAUGCGGAUAUUGACUUCUCGAGAUACCACCAAGAUCUGAUCCGCGUCCUGCUGAUAUCUUUCGACGAUUCCGCCAAGGAGGUUGUCAAGGCUGCAUGGGGAGCUCUCAGCGGACUCACUUCUCACCUGCGCAAGGAGGAAAUGGAAGUUCUCUCCGUGCCUACAAGACAGAUUCUCAAGGGUGUCGGAGUUCCUGGAGCGGAUCUACCGGGUUUCAGUCUGCCCAAGGGUAUCACUGCCAUUCUGCCAAUCUUCUUGCAGGGUCUUCUGAACGGCAGUGUCGACCAGCGUACUCAGUCUGCUCUCGCUAUUGCCGACCUUAUCGACCGUACAGCUGCGGACUCUCUGAAGCCGUUUGUUACUCAAAUUACUGGUCCGCUUAUCCGUGUUGUAUCUGAACGAUCAACGGACCUUAAGUGUGCCAUUUUCUACACGCUCAACAAACUUCUGCAGAAGAUCCCUCUGGCUGUCAAGCCUUUCCUGCCGCAGCUGCAAAGAACAUUUGCUCGUGGUCUUGCCGACCAAACCAGCGAGACUCUGCGUAACAGAGCUGCCAAGGGUCUCGGUAUUUUGAUCACCCUGACGCCCAGGGUCGAUCCACUUAUUGCUGAACUUAUCACGGGAACCAAGACGGCCGAUGUUGGCGUGCGAAACGCCAUGAUGAAGGCUCUACAGGAGGUUGUAGGCAAGGCCGGUGGCAGCAUGAGCGAGGCUUCGAAGAACUCUAUCCUCGCGCUCAUUGACGACGACGCUAGCGACCAGACUGACGCUGUCGCCAUCACAAAUGCCAAGUUGCUGGGGGCACUCGUCAAGGUUCUUCCUGCAGCGACUGCUGAACCACUUAUCAAGAGCCGUGUGCUUACGUCCAACUUGUCACACUCGUCGAUUCUUGGCCUCAAUGCUUUGCUUGUCGAAUCCCCAGCAUCUCUGACUGAGCACUUUGCGGCGGAGACGCAGCAUCUGAUCUGCCAGGGGGUCACAAACAAGGAUCCCUUCAUUUCCGACAACAGUGUACUCGCCGCUGGAAAGUAUCUGCUCCUCGAAGAGCAGCACAGUUUCGAAUCCAACAAAGCCAUCUUCGAGGCAUUGGCGCCCUGCAUCCAGCCCGGCACACCAUCCGACACCCGCCGACUGGCACUAGUUGUGAUCCGAACCGUCAGCCGACUGCACCCUGAGCUUGUCCGUCCCCAUCUUGCCAUCCUUGCGCCGCCAAUCUUCGCCGGUGUCCGCGACAUGGUUAUUCCCGUCAAGCUGGCAUCCGAAGCAGCCUUCCUCUCCAUCUUCUCGGUCGUCGACUCGGACACAGCGGUCUUCGACAAGUAUAUGGCCGGACCCGGCGCUGGACUGCCCCCGGGACCGAAGCGGAGCAUGUCGGACUACUUCAAGCGAGUUGCGAUGCGUCUUGCGACACAGGCGCGCGAGCGCAGAGAGGCGGAAGGUGGACAGGGCGGACUGGGUCUGUCGAAUGACGAGGUGGACGACGAGAAGGAGCUUUGGAGUAUUGGCAAGGUUGAGCUCGAGGAGGGUUCGUUUGGGGACGAGUGA